AUGCUCCGGAGAAGACAUGCCGUGAUCUGUCUGGUUUUCGCAACGGUUUUGAGUUUGGUCCUCUACUAUCGAUCGGCGAGUGGCUCCAUCACCAUCAGAGCUUUACAGUCCAAGGUGCCGCAGAUUGUUGGACUUGGAGACUAUUUCGACCCGGAGGACCAGGAUGCUCAGAACCAAAUCCGACCGCUUUCUCCCCCCGAAGGAGACUCUCGUGCCUCGAAUUCUGCAAUAGAAUCGGUGGCGACAGGGACUCCAAUAGGUGGUCCGCCAGGAUCGAGAUAUACGCGAGGUCUAGUCAUGCCUCGGCUGAAGGAGGAAAAUGUUACGUGGCUUGACAGGGUCGACCUUGGCCCCGAGAUUAAAAAGUUCAUCUAUGUCGCUGACGACCCUAAUGCGCCUUUACACCCACCCAAAAACAAGGGUCAUGAAGCCAUGACCUAUCUCACAUACGUUGUUGAUUUCUAUGACGACCUACCCGACGUCAGCAUCUUUAUGCAUUACCAUCAAGACGCAUGGCACAAUGAUGAACUUCUGAAUUGGGACGCCGCCGAAAUGAUCAAACGACUGAGCAGUGAGAGAGUCCUGCGUAAAGGCUACAUGAAUAUGAGAUGUCAUUGGAACCCUGGAUGCCCAGAUUGGAUCCACCCAGGUCAGAUAGAGAGAGACAAGGACAAACUCGAACAGUCAUACAUGGCGUCGACCUGGGCAGAGUUGUUCGUGGACAAACCCAUCCCAGCCGUUCUAGCUCAGCCAUGUUGCUCCCAGUUCGCGGUGAGCCGCGACCAGAUAAGGUUGACCCCAAGGGAGACAUACAGGCACUACCGGGACUGGCUCCUACGGUCGGGCAUAUCGGAUGUCACCAGCGGUAGGAUUUUUGAGUAUCUCUGGCAAGUCAUCUUCGCAGACGAGAGCGUAUUCUGCCCGAGUCAACGGGCUUGCUACUGUGAUGGAUUCGGUGUCUGCUUCGAGACCGACAAAACGUUUGACAAGUGGUUCGAACUGAGAUACCAACGGCAGAUGGCCGAGAAGGAGUUGCGAGAGUGGAAUGAGAAGGCUGAGGCAAUCGAACAAUUCCGGGACGAAGACGGAAGAUUGCCCGAUAUUGAAGCAGGAGAGCUUCAGGUGCCAGAGAUUGGGAGGAAAGAACAGCUCGAAGCCUCGAUUGAGGAAAAGAAGGCGGAGCUAGAACGGAGGAGACUGGAAGCUCUGGAGAGAGGCAGAGACCCGCGGAACAGAGCAGAGAGCGACGGGCGACCCUGGAAAGAAGGAGACGGAUUCUGA